CCCGGAACCAAAGUAUCAGGGAAGCGGUUUCCACGGGAGGAUGUUGAGACACGGAAGUGGUAAGAUGGCGGAUCCUACGAAGGAGAACGAGGUGAUGGAGGAUUUCAAGAAGCCGACUCUACCACCUCCGCCUCCAACUGUAGGGGAAGAAGUCAAGGGGGCGGCUCCAAAGCUCCCACGAGGCCCCGCUCCGGGCCCUUGCCAGCUUGACCUUCCACGGUACCAGGAGCCGCCGUGGGGAGGAUGCCCCUCAGAGGAGGGCUCCUCUGGGUACAGCCUAGAGAUGGUGAAAGGCGGUUCGGUGCUGGACAGCGUCAGUUUGGGCGGCCGGAGCUGGCUGGUGGUGGGGCGCGCGCCGGGAUGCGACCUCUCCCUGGCCCACCCGUGUGUGUCGCGGCAUCACGCUGUACUCCAGCAUCGCCCGCUUCCUCCGUCCGCAGGGGAUGAUGAGCAAGCUCAGAUGGUGGAGAAAGAGGAGGGCCCGGAGCCCGGCCUUUAUGUCUACGACCUGGACAGCGCGCACGGUACCUUCCUCAACAAAGUGCGGAUCCCGCCGCGAACUUAUUGCCGCGUUCGAGUCGGCCACGUCCUGCGCUUUGGGGGCAGCAGCCGCCUCUUCGUUCUGCAGGGCCCAGAGGAGGAUCAAGAACCAGAAUCGGAGCUGACUGUAACUCAGUUGAAAGAACUGCGUAAGCAGCAGCAGGCCAAGUUAGAGAAAACCAUGCUGGGUGAUGAUUCUGAUGAAGAUCAGAAGGAAAAAGAUGAACAUAGAAAUGAAAACAGUCGGAGUAAUGAUUUAACUUGUUCCUGGGGCCUUGGGGAAGAUGCAGAGGAAGAGGAGGGUGAAGAAAACCCAAUUGCCAUUGAAUUUCAGGAGGAGCAAGAAGCCUUUUAUUUGAAAGAUCCAAGGAAGGCAUUGCAAGGUUUUUUUGACAGAGAAGGUGAAGAGUUAGAGUAUGAAUUUGAUGCUCAUGGAACUGGCACCUGGCUAUGUAGGGUGAAGCUACCUAUAGAUGAUGCUUCAGGGAAACAACUUGUGGCAGAGGCUGUUCAUACAGGGAAGAAAAAAGAAGCAAUGAUUCAAUGUGCAUUGGAAGCCUGCAGGAUACUGGAUGCUAGGGGAGUGCUACGGCAAGAGGCAGUAUCUCGAAAAAGAAAAGCAAAGAACUGGGAAGAGGAAGACUUUUACGAUAGUGAUGACGACAUAUUCCUUGAUCGGACAGGAGUUAUUGAACAGAAACGUCUGAACAGAAUGAAGAAAGCCGGAAAGAUAGAUGAGAAACCAGAAACUUAUGAUUCAUUGAGUGCAAAAUUAGCUGCAAAUGAAAAGGAGCUCUCUGAUAUAGCAGAGAAGCUGAAAUCUUCAAAGACAACACAAUCCCAGUCUGCAGCUCAAGAUUCGUUAGAUGAAUUCAUGACAGAAAUGAAAUCAGGGUGUGCCUUAGACAGUGUGGCACGUAGAAAGCUUCAUUUGCGGACCUUUGAACUGAGGAAGGAACAGCAGCGAUUGAAAGGACUGAUUAAGAUUGUUACACCUGCAUCAGUGCCAGAGCUGAAAUCCCAGCUUGGGAGUCAAGACCUGGAAACACAAAACAAGCCGAAAAAGCUGACUUUACCCCUGUUUGGUGCCAUGAAAGGGGGAAGCAAGUUCAAACUGAAAACUGGGACUGUAGGGAAGUUGCCUGUGAAGCGUCCAGAUAUACCUGUAAACCUAUUAAAGAUGAAAGAUGAGGGGCUGGAGGAGGAGGAGGAGGAAGAAGAAGAAGAAGAAGAAACGAAGGCUGCAAAUCGAGGAAUCCAAAACCCAAUGAUGCAAACUUCAGCACAAGAAACAGUUAAACAGCAUAAUCUGCCUACCAGUUCUUAUCCUUGCAGCAGCCAGGACAUGGAAUUCAUUCAUGAUGGAACUAGGCCUCAGUCUGAGCCUUUGAGCGUAGAUGCAGUAACCCCAGAGUGCAGCUCCCCAUUGAAUAAAUUGCAGAAGAAGCCACAAGCAUCUGAAAUGCCUGAAGACAAGCCCAAGAAUAAAAAAACAAACACUGCAAGUAGGGUUCAACAUACUCUGUCCUCAGAAUAUCCUGAAGAUGACCCAGAUUACUGUGUAUGGAUGCCACCAGAAGGUCAAAGUGGUGAUGGCAGAACUCAUCUGAAUGCAAAAUAUGGCUAUUAAACAACAGGUAUUGGCUUUGGAAAGUAAAGGACUAUGGCACAGCAAUUGGUGCAGGAUACAAGACUCCACUGAAAUGGCUAGCAAGAAACUUCUGUUCAUUGUUCUUAAACUCCUUUUCAUGAUUCCUUAGCUUUGUGUGCUUCUUUCCCCACUAGACGUGAGCUUGUGUAUAUUGUGCAUUAAGAUGUAUAUAACAGUGAAAGUUAAUGUAUUUACAAAGCAAACUUAGGUCCAACAAGGCUGUUGGGUUUUUUUACAA